AUGAGCUACGAUCCACCACUCAACCGUGAGCUUAUCCAACGGGCCGUUGGGUACCACGGGAAACCAUUGCAAAAAAUAUUGGAAUCGGAGCUGCAACCGUACGAGCUGCAAAAACUCGGCAUCGACAAUAGUCUGGAUUUCGUCGUGUACAUGACACGUCAGAAGCACUUUACGCUGCAGGAACGAGCCAAACGGUUAAAGCUGCAACAAUUUUUAGUGCGCAAUGCAAACACGCUAUACCGGCACUAUCCUUACGUCGCAUCUGGGGCAGGUCCAAAACUGGAUUACAAAGAAAACAAUCUUUUCGCCGUACCACCGUUGGAUGCUUUUCUGGAUACGGAACCGGCUGAAAGCAUAACACAUCUGCUUGAGACCGUACAACCAGGCGAUGUUGUGUAUGGUUCCGUGACAAUGUACAAACACUUUGCCGGGCUCCUAUUUAGACCCAUAUUUAUUGUGGGCAACGUCACGUCUUUCAUUCGUAACAAGUCCAUCAAGGGUACAAUCGCUAAAAAUGACCUGAUCACACCGGAGAAAAUUUCUAUCGCACCGAAAGGUUUCUUGGCUAACGAUCUGAUCUGUUGCGAGGUGAUCGAUGUACAUCCCGACGCACGACGCAUCAAUUGCUCGAUGAAACGUACCGCUCAAAGCCGAGCACCGGAAACGAUAGAGUACGGAUUGCUAAAUAAGGACGAUAUGCCGAACAUUUACAAUAUUACCUUGAAGCGAAAGGAGUACGAAACCUACGAGGAUUACGUGGAAAGUUCGCCAUCUUUUAAUGAUCCUGCCUAUAUCGAGCAGUUGUACCAAUCGGUCGGACUAAAUAGCAGCGAAUACUGUACGAACAUGUCGAGCCUAAAGGGCAGAUAUCCGUCGCAGGAAUAUGCAGCGGAACUGCGCAAUUCGCAAAACAGCAAAUGGGCAUUUAGAUCGGUUGCUCAAGGAAUUGAGCAUUUCAAGGAAGGAAGGCACGCCGAAGCUUUCCAAUGCCUAAACAAGGCACUCAGCAUGGAUCCACGGAACGUGGAAGGAUUGGUGGCGCGCGGUGCACUGUACGCCAACAGUGGCUCGUUCAAGAAGGCAGUCGAAGAUUUUGAAGCGGCCCUCAAGCUAAACCCUUCCCAUGCAAACGCGCGUAAGUAUAUGGGCGAAACGUUGGUGGCACUGGGACGCAGCUACGAGGAGGAAAAUCGGUUCGAAGAAGCGAAGAAAGCGUACCAGGACUGUCUGAACAUUAUACCGCACCACGAGGAGGCACAGACUUCGCUUGACUUCCUGAAAUCGAAACCAUUCACCGGAAAGCAAAUCGUGGAACCGACAGAGCUAGAAUUGCCAUCACUAAAUAUUGUGAAACCUUCGUCAAGCGAUCGCAACAAGCAGGAACCGGAUACGUCCGGCGGAAGUGGUUUGUUUGGUGGUGGCGGUGGUAGCAGCAGCAGCAAGCGCGAUAACAACGAAGGCUCGCGCAAGGAUCGUAAGAAGGAAAGCAAAAAGGAUCGCAAGAAACGACACAGGAAGCACCAUAGCAGUUCUAGCGAUUCGAGCACCGCUAGCUCGGACAGUAGCGACUCGAGCAGUGACUCGAGCAGCAGCAGCAGCAGUGCAUCGUCGAGCAGUUCUGAUUCAUCCAGCUCGCGAAACAAAAAGCGCAAACGCUCGAAGAAUGAUAAGAAACCGAAAUCCGAAUCGCCGAUGGGCGGCAACAAGCGCAUGAAUGCGGCGGGAGGUUACGGUGGCCCUGCGCCGGGCGAACUGGUCGGUUACCCUAUCGGUGGGCAGGGUAGUAGCGUGUUCGGUGGACACGCUUCAGGCCACGGUCAAUCGGGAAUGGAUGAUUACGAGCAAAAGGUGCGCAAGUUUUUAGAGAUGCCACGUGACGAGGAGAACUACGAAGAAAAGGUUCGUAGAUUUGUCGCCGAGGCAAACAAGUACCAGAAGGAGCGCAAGCAGAUGGAAGACAAAUCGAAGAAAAAAAAGAAAAAGGACGAGAAAAAGGCCAAGAAGGAAAGCAAGAAGAAGCGCAAAUCGGAUGAAAAGAAAAAGUCAAAGAAAAAGGACAAGGGUGGUGGUGGUGGUUGUGGUGACGAUGACGGUGCAUCGGGCAAGGAUAAGUUACGCGAAGCGCUGAAGAUAUUUGAAAAUUUCCCCGUACUGGAUGAGCUCGGUUCAAAACUAUCCGUCGGUGGUUCGGUUGCGGAAGCUUUAUCCGCACUGCUUGGUGCUGGUGGAGGACCAAGUGCCGGAACUUCAAGAGGUACGUCCCCUGCCAAACCAUCCGAUUUGCUUGAUCUGGAGCGUGCAGGACCAACGGCAGCGGCCGGUAUUGAUGAAAGCGGUAAGGAAGGUAAAUGGCGCAUGAUGUUCAACAAGGAUAAACGCCCCACGAAGGAAACAAUCCCAAUGAUCACCAGCCUGUCGGCGGGGCUCGCCCAGCAUCCGUUCAGCAAUGAGUCGGACGACGAAUCGAACGGUGGUGGCGGUCCACCGUACGGUGCACCGACCAAACCGCAGCCCAACGACCGUACCACACUCGGUAGUAGUCGCUUCGGUGGACGGUAUGAUGAUCGUGCGUCUGAUAAGGGGAAGUUUGGCACCAGCAGCGCCACCACCACGACAUCACAGGUGCCACUGGUCAAGUCCGGUCCGGUUGUGCUGGACAAGUUUGGUAACUUCCGGCUAGCAACGGCAGAAACUACCCCGUCCACCACCGGUGGUGGGUCCAAACCGCCCGAACCGUCGGCAGCGCCAUCGAUGCGUCGAUCGCGCAGCAAAUCGCGAACACGUAAUUACGGUAGCUCGCGGUCCCGUUCGCGAUCACGCAGCGAACGGCGCCGUUCGCGGUCGGGCAGUUUCCGGCGCAGCAGCCGCCGGUUCAGUCGAUCACGGUCGCGAUCAUUCAGCCGAUCGCGCUCCGGCAGCUACUCACGCAGCCGGUCACGAUCGCGUAGCUUCGAACGUCGUCGCUUUGAUCGACGCAUUUAUCGUGGUGGUCGGGGAGGGGGCGGAGGAGGUUACGGAGGUGGUGACCGGAUGGGUCCGUUCGGUGGGGGGAAUCGAUUUAAUAAUUCACGUGGCCAUUACAGACGCGGUGGGUUCCGCGAUUUUAGAGACAACCGUUACGUCGGGGGUCGUGGCGGCGGUGGGGGUAGUGGUGGCGGAAUUGGUAGCGGUGGGCGUGAUAGGCCACCGUUCCGACCACGCUAUCGUGGACGGUUCCAGCGGUCGUACAGUCGCAGCAUGAGCAAAUCGCCCGAUCGCCGACCAAACAGCCCUGGUGAUGAUCGUCCCCGGCACCACAACAGACGUGGCGACAGUCGGGACCGGGGAGGAGAUGGUCGUGCUGGCCAACAGCAUCACAGUCGGGAACGGUCGCCGCUCGCUCGUCGUGGUAGUAGCCGGGGAGAUAGUCGCGAGAAUCAGCGUGAUCGCGAGGAUAGCCGGGACCGGGACCAUCAUCAUCGGCGCUCCGAAGGACGUGAUUCUUCGUCCAAGCGUUCAAAGGAAGACUUGAAUACUUCCGGUGGCGGUGGUAGCUCUACGAGCGGACCGACGGCACGGGGCGAUGAUGCGACGAGGAACAACAGUUCGCCGGAAUCAUCCCGUGCCGAGAAAUCGCGCCAACGUCGAUCAUCUUCCGCCGGUAGUCAGCGUUCCAACAGCGGUGGAUCUGCCAAAAUUCCGCACGACAUUGAAGGACGCUGGGCGGACGAUGAUGGUGGUGGUGAGCAGAAGAAAGUACGACGACACGAGGAUGGAGGAGAUGAAUCCGCAUUGGCAAAUGCCGCCAACAGCGGUGCUGGUGCUGCAGCCGCAUCAUCGUCAGCCGUUGCCGGUGACGUUUCGCUAGAGGAGCUAGAGAAAAUGCUCACCAAGGCACGCAAAGAGCGAAAGGAGGAAAUGUUGGAGCGUAACAAAGAUUUGCUCAAAAAACCACCUGCUGGUGGAUAUUAA